CGUACCAACCGAACAGCACAAAAACAAUCGUCCUUGGAGUAGCAUCAAUAGGACUACUGCGUUAUUCUCGGCCUCGUCAGUGAAUUAGCUAAUUAGAAUUAUGUCAUAGUUUGCGUGUUUUCGUUUUUCAAGCUUUGGCAUUAGCGAACACACACAAGACGCCAGAUUUUGUGAUCGCAAUUUUGGCUCAGUUUUUGACACUACUUGCACUAGCUUUGACUGACAUCUAGAACAAUUAUUACUUCUCCAACCAUGUCAAAUAAAUUUGAGGAAAUCUCCAAGUCAAUAGUACCUGCUGCCGAGGAGAACAAGAGCAAUAUUGACGAAAAUAGGUCUUGCUGGGUUUGUUACGCUUCAGACGAAGAAGAUGCGCUGGCUACGUGGGUGCAGCCGUGCCGGUGCCGCGGAACAACGAAAUGGGUGCACCAGAAGUGCAUACAACGCUGGAUUGAUGAGAAACAAAAAGGCGACUGCUACAGCAAAGUGCCUUGUCCCCAAUGCGGCACUAUCUACCACAUAGUCUUUCCUGAACCAGGGUUUCUCGAGAUGCUGAUAAAUACUGGAGACAACAUAAUGAUUAGAGUAAGUCCGUUUGUCACUGCUGGCAUUGUUCUCGGCUCACUCUACUGGACAGCAGCCUCUUACGGAGCCAUCACAGUCCUUCAGGUGAUGGGCAAGAAGGAAGGCGUUUUCUUCAUGGAGACGGCAGACCCACUGACGCUGCUCGUCGGUCUUCCCUCGAUCCCCCUGGUUUUAAUUCUCUCCAAGCUGAUCCACUGGGAGGACUACCUGCUGCAGUUCGUGCGACGCCAGGUGCAAAGUCUGCCCGCCCUGGGCUACCUGAUGCCCUCGUUCCGCUACUUCCAACCCGAGGAGGCGCGGCCCAGCGCCGAGUUGCCCCAGCUCACGGACCCUGUUUCCUCGACCCGCAUUCUCUGCAGCGCCCUCAUCCUGCCCACAGCCGCCAGCCUCUGCGGCAGGCUCCUCCUAGAGUCCACGGCUUCCAAUGUGCAGAGAACCUUGUUGGGUGGACUGAUAUUUGUUGGAGUUAAGGGAGCACUAAGGGUAUACUAUAAGCAACAGUGUUACAUUCGCCAUUCCCUUCGGCGCAUCAUAGACUUUACGCCAGAGCAGAAAAAUAGCCAAUCGGUCGAAGAGACGAUCGAAAGUUAAUUGUACAUAAGGGAAAAAAUAAAAUUGAUAAGGAGUUUA